UUUUUUCAUAAAUUAUAUGACUUAAUAGAUAACAUAAUUGAAAAACGAUGACGACAUUAUAUUUACUUCUCCUUUUGGGGAUUGUAAAUUUUACAAGCUCUGAAAGUGUUUAUAAGCAAAGGUUUCUGGAACAGUAUAAUAAAAUGCACGACCCCAAUAAUGGAUACUUUUCUUCAAAAGGCAUACCAUACCACGCUGUUGAAACUCUAGUUGUAGAGGCGACUGAUUACGGUCAUGAGACAACAUCGGAAACACACAGUUACUAUAUUUGGUUAGAAGCUAUGUAUGGUGGUAUUACAAAUAACUUUUCAAGAUUUAAUGAAGCGUGGGAAAUAAUGGAGAAAUAUAUUAUCCCUGUACAUGAAAGUCAACCCAAUACCAAUCUAUAUAACCCCUCCUAUCCUUCUAGUUAUGCUCCAGAACAGGAAUAUCCCGAAGACUAUCCUCUGGGACCAUUUGAACCUCCUGCACCAGUUGGAAUCGAUCCCUUAUAUCAAGAAUUAGUGGACACAUAUGGAACUUCUGACAUUUACGCAAUGCACUGGUUGACAGAUGUAGAUAAUGUUUACGGCUUUGGUACUAGUCCUGGAAACUGCGAACUUGGUCCUAAUGAGCCUGGACCAUCGUUUAUUAAUACAUAUCAAAGAGGACCUAGGGAGAAUGCUUGGAAAACAAUUCCACAAUCCACCUGCGAUUCGCAUAAAUAUGGUGGCCCAGAAGGAUUUGGUGCUAUAACUUCUACUGGAAAUCAUGUCCCUAGCUGGCAAUAUUCUGUUGCUCCAGAUGCAGAUGCCAGAGCCAUUGCAGCAGCAUUUUGGGCUUCGAGAUGGGCAACUAAAAGUGGACAAUUAUCACAGAUAACCAAUACUUUGCAAAAGGCUGGUAAAUUAGGAGAUUAUUUAAGAUAUUGCUUUUACGAUAAGAGCUUUAAGAGAAUUGGUAAUUGCAUAGAUCCGUAUAAAUGUCCAGGCGGUACUGGUAAGGAUAGUGCUCAUUACUUGUUAGGAUGGUAUGUCGGAUUUGGUGGCUCAUUGUCUUCAGAAAAUGGAUAUUCCUGGAGAAUUUCAGAUGGCGUUGCUCAUUUUGGAUACCAAAAUCCCAUGGCGGCCUACGCCUUAAUUAGCGAACCUAAUAUGACCCCCAGCGGUGCAACUGCAGUUGAAGAUUGGCAAAAAUCUUUAGAUAGACAGCUAGAAUUAUACGAAUAUCUACAAUCUGUUGAAGGUGCAUUUGCAGGUGGUGUUACUAACAGCUGGAAUGGUAGAUAUGAGCAACCACCACAAGAAUUAAUGAAUAACACUUUCCAUGGAAUGUUUUAUAAUUGGGAACCUGUUGCAUAUGAUCCUCCUUCAAAUCAAUGGUUUGGAAUGCAACCUUGGUCUACUGAUCGUUUGGCUCAAUAUUAUUAUAUAACUGGAGACGAGAAGGCUAAGAAAACUUUAGAUAAAUGGGUGUCCUGGAUAAUCACAAAUACUUACUUCGAAGGAGAUGAUUAUCAAAUACCCAGCACAUUGGAUUGGUCUGGAGCACCCCCUAAUGUGCAUUGCAAGAUAGUUUACCAUGGAAAUGCAGUAGGACCUGCAGCAGCUACCGCCAGAACGUUAUCCUAUUAUGCCGCUAGAGCUAAUCACGCUGAAGCAAAGAAUCUCGCUAAAAAAAUACUUGAUAGUUUAUGGAAUUUGCAUCGCACACCAUUAGGAAUUUCAGUGGAAGAACAACCUGAGAUUCACUUUAACCAAUCUGUUUAUGUUCCAAAAGAUUUUCAUGGAGUUUAUCCUAAUGGUGACGUUAUUGAUUCGAAUUCAACCUUUGUUAGUUUAAGAUCAUUUUAUAAAAAGGAUCCGCAAUGGUACAAGAUCGAAAAUUAUAUGAACGGUGGUCCCGCACCAAAGUUUAAGUACCAUAGAUUCUGGGAUCAAACAGAUGUUGCUUUAGGUUUUGGAGUUUACGCACUUCUAUUUGAUGAAUAA